AUGCUACAAACAUCAUUGAUUUUAAUGGUGGCUACAAAUUGCAGCAUAGUAUGUAUUGCAGAUAUUUUCAAAACCUAUUUUGUUGAGAGAAAUUUUGUGAAACCAAUAUCGGUGAUAUUGGACGAUGGCGGAUAUAUUGAGGACAACAUACUGCCCUGUUUUAUUGAUGACGUGUCACAGUGGCCCUUGUACGUAACAAACUUAACUUCAUUUAACAAAAGCUUCAAAAAGUCCACCAAUUCCUAUAUGAAUUAUGUUGUUAAUAUAAGAAAUGUAGAAGAUAUAAGGUACGUGAUCACCAAAAUUAAGGAUGGUGAUAGUUUUUGGAACAAUGAAGUAAAACUGCUUAUAUCCAUGAUGAAUUAUCAAGACAAACAAGAUUUUUUUAAGACGUUGAAGUCCAUAAUACAAUUUGAAGAUAUAAGUGCUAUUAUUGUAACACGGGAUGAAGUUAUGGUUGUAAAGGGGACCAACUGUGUUUGGAAUGACUUUAACAUCAUUGAUAAAUGUAAUAAAAGUGUGAUAGUUGUAGAAAACCCACCAAACAAAACUUAUAAGGCACUUGUAAUGCCAUAUGAACCAAAUUUUCUCAAAAUUACUAACAAUAGCUUAAUAAAAUAUGACUACUUCGCAAGAAAUGGCGUGGAAUAUGAUGUAUUGGCAUUAUUAAGCGAAUUGUUCGAUUUAAACGUCACUUUGGUGGUAUCGGGGGCCAAUUUUAAAUUUGGAGGCGUUUGGGAGAAUGGAAGUAUAGAUGGAGUUUUUUUUAAAGUUCACCAAAACGAAUAUGAUAUAUUUCUAGGUAAUUGUAUUUUGACACCUGCAAGACUAUUGUUUUUUUACUAUACCUAUCCAGUUUUAUUUGGCUCUUUAUACUGGUUCGUCCCACAUAAUUUGAAGGAAAACACUUUGGAUGAUUUCAAUAAAUUGGCAGACAAAUACGCUUUAUUUCUACUAAUGUUUUUCAUGCUCUUCAUUGCUUUGAGUAUACGAAUUUUCGGUGGUCAUAAAAUGACAUCAACAAACAUAGUUUUCAUGUUGUACACUGUAAUGAUUGGCGUCACAUACAACAUACCUAAACAUAGAAACGUAAGACUAAUCAUAUCCACUGUAAUAUGGCUGAAUAUAUUCGCAAACGUUUUGUUUCUAACAGCAUUAACAAGCAAUCUAUCUAACGUAGAGUAUAAACAAACCAUAGAUUCAGAGGAGGACAUCCUGAAAAGCAAUUUGGAUGCACAUGUGACAAUACCACACUUUUUUGACAACUCCAUCCUUCGUUCCAAACUAAAGGAAUGUUACAGGAUGAAGGAAUGCUUGCAUAUGGUGGCAGAUCGAAAAAUUGCUUUCGCAGUCACAACAAUCAAUCAACACUACAUUAUCAACAACUACACAGACGAAAACGAAAUCCCACGAAUUCAUUACAUACAAGCAAAAAUUGCUUUAACUUCGCUAACCUUUUUUAUGAGAAGAGGUUUUCCUUUAUACCAACAGUUUUCCAAAAAAUUAAUUCAACUAGGCGAUGCUGGAUUUGUCACCAAGUUCCACAAAGACGUUGAAAGUAGACAUUUUUACGAAAAACUUACAGAAAGCGGAGAUAUCAAAUUAAAACACUUGCAAAAUUUGUUUAUAUUGCUUAUAAUGAUAUACGCAUUAUCUUUUUUAAUACUAUUAUUGGAGAUAGUUUUGAAGAAAAACGAUAAAAAUCCAUAA